AUGUAUAUUACAGAUGCACUCACGAAUAGCAGUACUGCGUCGCAUCACUCUGUACCUGUUGGAUUACCGUCUACUUCUGCCCCAACCGCUACAGCUACAACAGCGGUGACCAACAAUGGUGGACGACGUUUAGAACCGGGGGAAAUACCUGUCACGAAGAGCUCGGUCAAUAAAACUCUGAACAGCAUGAACAAAAGCAUGCUGGAUGCUGCGAUGCUUCAAUUACUGGCCACGCAAAUGAUGACUCAACAGGCGGCCGUAGCCAAAUUGAAUGGGUAA